AUGCGUGGCAAUUUCAAACACUCCAAAGCUUCUGGUGAGCUAUUCAGCGAAAGGCGGCGCCCUCUUACCAGACCUGAAGCCUCUUCACCUCCACGUCCGCUCACUGAGCCCAACACUACCAAUCUAGGUGUCGGAAAUCCUCGACCAAGCGAAAACCGAAAGAGACUACGUUCACAACAAGAACGCAUCCCUCUUGUACCACAUCCUGAAUACCGGAGAGGAGGGGCUGAGGGGAGAUCGAGGGGAACUGGUGUUUCGGACGCUCCAAGACAAGUCCUCGGCGAGUCCAGAGCUGCCCAGUCUUCGCUGCUUAACACAGUUCCCCAGCAAAUACCGCCUAAUCCAACUUUUCAACGCGGCAACUUUAAAGACUUCCGUAUUGAGCUCAAACCGCGAGGAGAUUCCUCUGUCAGAACGCUUCUCAAGACUAACUACGAUUCUGCCUGCCCAGAAACUCUUCUUGCCUACUCAGCCGCGAAACGGCUUGGCUUGGAGUUGAUUCCGGGCCAGCCUGGAAAAGAGUAUACGGUGUGUACCGCAUUUGUUUAUACUAAGACGAAGACAUUUGUCCGAGUGCACGUUCGAGUGCCAGGUUUUGAAGCUGUGCUCGGCGACUGCAAUUUCGCCGUCGUCCCUGACGAUGUACUUGGGCCGGUGCCAUUCGACAUAGUCGUCGGCAGGCGGCAGAUUGAUAGGCUGGUGACGGACUGUGGUCUAUCUAGAGAGACCCUCAACGACAUUGACUUCAACAUUUUGCGCCAACGAAUGUCGUGUCCUCUCAACUUGUCUGAAUCCCUUGCGACGCUGGGUAUGUGCUUACGACUCAACCAUUCAGAACUAGAACUAAAGGCUAUAGGAACGGCUCCCGUACCACCGAGAAACCUUGAACGCAUGAGAACAUCAUCUGAGUUCUUGCAACCCGGCUACCAACAGCAAACGAACUCCUUUCCAAGCCAGCAGCCGAGCUACUACGCGCUCACUCCUUCCACAAGUGGUGCGCCACGACAGUCUACGCCAGGGACUUCCAUAUCGUUCGCCCACCAGCCAUCUACAAGCAACAAUUUGAAGCAGGAUGACACAAACCUUGUUACACCUAAAGGGCCUGACGACCUCCAAGAUGAUGUUGUCCUCAAGUUCGGCACUGCUGACUUUGAUUUUGGCUUCUCGUUCGAGCAGCCGUUGCGUGAAGACGCCGCGUCCGGUCCCUCGAAAUCCCCGGCGUACUCUCUCAAUGAACAACAGCAACUGGGGCACUUAGUAGUACUUGGUUCGUCGACAGAUAACGGUUUUGAGACAACUACGCCAAUGCUUCAAACUCAAACACCCCUCGGUAUACCAGAGGCCUCCAGCAUGGCGGCCUGGACGCCUAACAAGACAUUUCGUCGGCCUACUUCUCGAAUACCGACUGCAUCACGAGAGCACCAGCUACCGCAAGUAAUGGUGCAAGAACCUUUUGAGGAAACUAUAUACUCCCCACGCGCGGACCCUUCCUCAAACGAUGUUUUAAGCCCUCGCUACCAUAGUGAAGGUUAG